AUGUUCAUCUCACUACCCAGUCGUUGCGAACCCUCAGCCAGACAGUCAAUACGAUCACCAUUAACGCCUCCGUCGGUCACUCCUCCAUCGGUCAGCGUAACGGGGUCGUCGACAAUGCAGUGUAGCGACAGUAGUAGGCACAUCGCCUCAACCAACCCAGCCUCAGCCCACAGCUCCAAGGAUGGCAGCCUCAAUAUCGAAUUCGAGCUCAGCAAGCAACUCACCUUUGUCAACACCACCUAG